AUGUUGUUGUUCGCUGUUCUCGUGCUUCUCCAGCUCGAGUCUAAUGCGAAACAGCUAGCUGCCAUUUCUGGUUGUCCGGAUUUGGACGUGUUGGAAACUGAGGUCGACGCCACUGCCGACUUCGUCAACAACCUUUUGUUGUGUUUCUGCAAGGUUCAACCAGAACAACGAGCCGACAUAUCCUGUCUCUACGGGUCCAAUUCAGAACACCUCCAGAAGGCCACGAAAGCAGUUGCAGCAGCAAAUUUCACUAUUGAUAAGAUCAGCUUCCAACAUAUCGAAUUUGCUGAAACGGGACUACCUUCUUUCGGCAAACUAGCUCCAUCACUUACAACGCUAGAGAUUCGAGAAUGUACAAAUUUCGAUCCUUUACUCAUUCCUGAGAACACUUUCAAAGGUCUGGAGACCUCGCUUAAAAACCUCACUAUUGAUUCAUGCCACUUGAAGAAAAUCCCUGACACACUCAAGGAUCUCAAUCAACUCGAGACUCUCAUAUUGGCCAACAAUAAGUUCGAGAACAUUUCUGCUAAUGUGUUUAGGGAAAAAAGAGAGCUCAAAUACCUCGACUUAUCCGGCAAUUUCAUCACUAAUAUUGAGCCCGGCUCUUUCGAAACGCUGGAAAAAUUAGAGACGUUAAUUUUUGGUGAACAUAACUACAUUAAUGGUACAGUUCUCGACGCUAUUACAUCUCUCAAAUCACUUAAGACCCUCGAUCUUUCAAGGGCCGAUGGGAUUUUCGAGCCUCCUGUGGAGAUAUUUGACUCCAUGAAAGAGCUGGAAGUACUUAAGCUGAGUGGAUGCAGUAUUUCUUCGCUCGAACCUGGCGCUUUCGCUUCGCUGAAGAAUUUGAAACAGCUUGAUCUCCGCGUCAAUCUCAUUGAGAACAUCUCCGCCUACGCCUUCGACGGUCUCUCUUCUCUGACGAGGCUUUCUCUGGCUGGAAAUUACAUAAGACACCUCGAUGAUGACCGUUGGAUUGGCCUUCGCGAUCUUCAGGAGAUUGAUCUUGGAUGGAACGAAAUCAGCGACCUCUCGAAGGACGUAUUCUUAUCUCUUGCCGAGAACCUUACCUCUCUUAACCUAAGGCAUAACCCUCUUAAGAAGGUGCCAAGUACUGGCCUGAAAAAUCUACGUUCUCUGUUUCUCAGUGAGUGCCCGUUAACAAGCAUUGGUCCGGAGCAAUUAAUGGAUUACCCGAAUUUGGAGAUGCUGGAUGUCUCCAAGUCCAAUUUGACAUCUCUGGCCGCCGAUACAUUUAAAAACCAAAAAAAUUCGCUGACGACGCUUCAUCUUGAGCGCAAUAAGCUUACUACUCUCGAUGGAGAGAUACUUCAAAACCUCCCUGCACUAGAGUACCUAGACAUCUCUGGCAACCCUUUCAUCUGCGAUUCCGAUAUCGCUAAAUUCAUUUUUGCAGUCGAGGACCGCUACAAGUUCUCCGCAAAAGAAAGCAAGGAAUUCCUGCUUGCUAACGCUAACGACACUCUCUGCGACCGUCCUUACACGUUAAGGCACCAACCACUUCUUGACGUCGAUUCGAAUUCCCUACAGAAAUCCGACACUACUACUAUGUUGCCAACCACUACUCCUGAGUCCGAGUCUACAACUCCGGAAAUCGUUACUCCUUUCACAUUGCCAGAUAUCUUCGUUGGAAGCAAAACCAAUGAGACAUUGUUCAAAGAAGAACCACGGCGUGAAGUGUACGAUCUGAACAAGGUGAACGAUCCUAAAGGCGCCAAAGAGCAGCCAGAGGGCGAGGGAAGUUACGCCAUGCAUGCUACCGUAGUGGUGAUCGCUGUCGUAUCUGCGAUUGCCAUCGUCGCUGUCGGAUUGUUCAUGAGAAAGCAACGGAAAAUCGAUACCGAACAAGAAAAACAAAAGGGAAAGAAAAUUUCGAAGCUGGAAGAUGGCAUGGUUGAAAUAGAGCUCGAAUCCAGCUCUCCAAGUAAACGAUAA